GUGGCAUCCACAGAUUUGUUUGGGUGUUGAGGGAGUGAGGGUUAGGAGGGACUAAGCACAUGGGGGAACUUGGCGAACACCGAGCCAGUUUGCUCAACAACCCUGUCCUGGAGUCCAAGACUUCGGGUGGGUCAGAGCAUGGGCAGAGUAAUGGCGGUCUGAGCAAUGGCAAUGUGGGCCUCCAGAGUACAUCGUUUGAGAGCUCUUGGCUCCAGGGCUCCCAGGCUACUGCGGAGCCAGCCCCAGAAGAACCAGAGGAAGAGAUUCCCCCAGAGGAGGUGGCUGGAGAGGAGCUCCCUGAGCCCCCCAAUCUGAAUGACAGCCUCCGACGAGAGUUGGAGGUGGAAGUGGUGGAAAUGAGCCAGCUGUCCAUCACGGAGCCGACUCCCAGCGUCUCCACGCCCAAGAACAGGAGAAAGAAGGGCCGGAGGCUGCUGGAGCUGGCAAAGCCCAAGACCAAUUGGCAAUGCCUGAGAGACAGGACGGGGUGCUGUUGUAAGGGCUAUGCCUGGAUUUCCCCACGCAAGAACAACUUGCAGUUUUGCCUGUAUUGGCCUUCUGUAUACUGGACCGAGCGAUUUAUCGAGGACACCACCUUGACCAUCACGGUCCCUGUGGUGUCCCACCGAGUGGAGGAGCUGUCCAGGCCCAAGAGGUUCUACCUGGAAUAUUACAACAACAACAGGACCACGCCCAUCUGGCCCAUCCCUCGGUCCACUUUGGAGUAUCAACCUUCUAACCGGCUGAAGCAACUGGCUACUCCAAAGGUUCGCAACAACAUCUGGAGCAUCAAUAUGUCCGAGAUCUCCCAGGUGUCCAGAGCAGCCCAGAUGGCAGUCCCCACCCCACGAACCCUUCGCCUGGCAAAGCCCAGGCCCCCAGCCACUCUGUUGGAAGAGUGGGACCCUAUGCCGAAACCCAAGCCUCAUGUAUCCGAUUACAACCGCCUCCUUCAGCUGGCAACACCCAAGGCACUGUCCGAAAAGUGCGUUCCUGACCGCAGUCCUCAGUGGGAGAUCCUGGAUGUCACCAAGAAAGCAGUGGCCAGUUCACGGAUCAUCUCCCUGGCCCAACCCAAAAUACGCAAGGACCUCAACGAGGGCUACAACCCAUAUUAUAUCUCCCCAGCCUCUCUGGUGGCCCAGGCAUCUCCUCGUAUUUAUGAGCUUGCCAUCCCCAAAUACAUCACCAAGAAAGUGUGACAGCCAGACCUGACCUCCAGCCCACCCCCAGUAAACACCCAAGUGCAUCCUCGCCUGUGUGAGUGAUUCGCUGAGCUUCGUGGCCUGGGCGUGGGCGGGCAGGGACACCAGAGGCCAGAAAAAUAAUAAUCUUAUUUUCGCAUUCUA